CCAUCAGUUGUCAACAAUAAUAUUGUAGAUAAAAUUAAUUAUGAAGAUGACGAAAACCUAUUUGAAGAUGCUACAAUUGAUGAAGAAGAGGAGGUGCAAACUUAUACACCAAUUAGUAUAGAUCUUGACGAAGUUAAAAGUAAUUUGUACAAUGCAAUAAGCCACUAUUGGCCCAAUUUAACAACACCUAAUUCAUUUUUACCUUGUCUUUUGGACCCCAGGUGUAAAUCUUUAACUUUUGUCACAUUCGAUGAACAGUUUGCUACUGAAAACUUGCUCUACGAAGAAUACACAGUUAAAUCAACUUCUACUGGAAAAAAUGCUAAAAAUAGCAUUCUUUCCAGUUUCAAAAAAUAUACACCAGCUACAGUUGAGGAGCUUUCAGAUUAUUUAAAGCUCGAGGAGAUUGAUUUUGAUUGUGAUCCGUUUGUAUGGUGGCAUGAACGACGCAAUAAAUUCUCAGUUAUGAGCCAACUAGCAAAAAAAUAUUUAGCUGUUUAUACAUCUUCAACAGCUAGUGAAAGACUUUUCUCAGACGCAGGAAAUUUAAUAACUGCCAAGAGAACGCGAAUAA